GCGCGGCCAUGACAAAACUGUCAGCAGAAGCGUCCUCAGCAAGCAAUACACAGAAUGGGAGUCCACGGUCUAUGGGAACUACUGGCCCCCGUCGGCCGCCGCGUGUCCGUCGAAACCCUAGCCGGAAGAAGACUCGCCAUCGAUGCGAGCAUAUGGAUGGUGCAGUUUAUGAAGGCAAUGCGGGACGAGAAGGGAGAGAUGGUUCGCAACGCGCAUGUACUCGGCUUCUUUCGUCGAAUUUGCAAGCUACUGUACCUGCGGACCAAGCCCGUCUUUGUAUUCGAUGGCGGAACCCCAGCCCUCAAGCGCCGCACUGUGAUCGCUCGAAGAAGACAGCGGGAGAAUGCCCAGUCCAAGCUUCGCAAGACUGCCGAGAAAUUGCUUCUCAAUCAUCUUAAGGCCAUGAAGCUGAAAGUCUUGGCUGAGGAUAUUAAGAACCAGAGGCAGAAUCAAAAGAAUGAUGCCAAGGGUAAGCAAAGUCUACCAGAUCAACCUGGUAGGAUGGGAGAUGAUAAUUUAGAAAAAAAUGAUAUGGCCUUGCUGAGUAGCAACCAGGAAAAGCUGGAUGAAAUGUUGGCAGCAUCUAUUCAGGCCGAGGAAGAAGGGGGUUCAGCAAAGAAUGCAUCAAAAUUUACUGCCGCUGUUCCUUGUGAGGAGGAUGGCGAAGAAGAUGAUGAAGAGAUGAUACUACCAGAGAUGCACGGUGAAGUUGAUCCAGCUGUUUUAGCUAAUUUGCCUCCAUCCAUGCAACUUGGACUUCUUUUGCAGUCAAAUAAGCAGGAUAAUGAUGCUAAGGGUAAGAAGAUUAUGUCAGAUCAAACUGAGAUGGUGGGAAUCAAUUUAGAAAACUGCGAAGCGGUCUCAAGGAGUUGCAAUCAAGAAAAGCUAGAUGAAAUGAUUGCAGCAUCUAUUGCGGCAGAGGAGGAUGCUGGUGCAACUAAUAACGCGUCAACAUCAACUGCUUCUAUUAUUGUUGAGGAGGAUGUUGAUGAAGAUGACGAUGAUGAUGAAGAGAUGAUACUGCCAGAAAUGCAUGGUAAAGUUGAUCCAGCUGUAUUAGCUGCAUUGCCCCCAUCAAUGCAACUCGAUCUUCUUGUUCAAAUUAGAGAGAGGUUGAUGGCAGAAAACCGACAAAAGUAUCAAAAAGUCAAAAAGGAUCCUGGAAAGUUCUCUGAGCUACAAAUACAAUCUUAUCUUAAAACUGUUGCUUUCCGUCGCGAGAUAGAUCAAGUACAGAAAGCUGCUGCUGGGAGGGGGGUUAGUGGUGUCCAUAGCUCACGGAUAGCCUCUGAGGCUCACAGAGAGUUUAUCUUUUCUUCAUCAUUUACUGGUGAUAAACAAGUACUUGCAUCUGCAAGAGCUGAUAAAAAUGGAGAUAAGCAACAAGCACCAAAAGAGCAUCCUUCAAAUUCCAGGAACAGUGUUCCAUCUACCAAUAAUGUGACUGGAGCAACCCCAGAUGAAUCCACAAGUGUUUUUGAUGACAACAUUGAGACAUAUUUGGAUGAGAGGGGCCAUCUUCGAGUCAGUAGAGUGAGAGCUAUGGGGAUCCGUAUGACCCGUGAUUUACAAAGGAACUUGGAUUUGAUGAAGGAGAUUGAACAGGAGAAAACAAAUACAAACAAGAUAAUCAACACUAGGAAUGUGCUCGAUGAAAGAGACAUUGACAUUUCAAAAAGUUCAUGUAGUAAUAGAACAGUCAUAGAAACAUCAUGCGGUGAUAAUGGUGAUUCCAUUGACACUGGUGUGUUGAGAAGUCAUCCUGGUCAAAAGAAGGUUUUGGAAUCCUUAGUUGGUGAUAAUAGCUUGAAUGACAGAAAUAAUCAGUUUACGUUAAAACUUGAAACUCCUAUAGAAAUAUCUAUUGAAGACGGUGGUGAGAGCAAGUCUUUUGAUGGUGAUGAUGAUCUUUUUGCUUCUUUAGUGGCAGGAAAUCCUGUAACUACUAAUGCUAAUGAUGUAUUAAGAAAACCAUCUUCUGGUUCUGAUUCAGACUGUGACUGGGAGGAAGGAACUGUUGCAGUGAAAAGUAAGGAGCCUCGUGUGGAAGGCAACAUGAGCGAUGACAGUGAAGUGGAAUGGGAGGAAGGAGUUUGUGGUAUUACAGAAAAUACCUCAUCUUUUCCUUUUGAGUGUGGGAAAACAGUUUCUAAAGGUUAUUUUGAAGAAGAGGCUAAUUUUCAGGAGGCAAUAAGGAGAAGUCUUGAGGAUAUUGGGGAUGAGAAGUGUGCUUAUGCAUCAUCUGCAGAGGAAAAGUUGCAAUGUUUUGGAGGAGAGGCUCAUAAAGGUGCUGAAUUUAUUGAUAGAGAAACUAAGAUAGUUGAGGCAGUUUUGGUCGGGAAAAUUGGUAAGCGACAAAAUGAAUCAUCUUGCGAUAUUGUUGAUGGAGUCAAAAAGAUGAAAGGCGUUACAUACUUGGAUUCUCCUCCAGCACAAACAAUGCAGAAUGUAAGCGAAAGGGAAAAUUUCUGUGGAGGAAUGGAAUGCGCUGAAUCUGUUACUCCGUCAGGAACAAAGGAGGUCCAUAUGAUUACUGAGCAAGUCUUGGGUACUUUCAAUGAGGAUGACAGUUUAUCUACCUUGCCCAAUACCUUAGAAAAACAUAAAGCUCAUUCUUUUGAUGCCUUGUCUUGUGAUGCUACCGAUUGGGUUGAUGAUCAGAAGAAUGAAAUUGAAGCUGAGCCAUCAUGUCAUAUAGUUGAGAUGGCUAACCCAGCUGCCUUAACGGGGUCAUUGACAGAAAAUCUAACAAAUGAUUGUGAUGUUGAUAAAACAUGGGUUAAGGAAAAGAGUCAUGACAAUUUUUUUCAGGAAAGUGACCACAGCUGGGACAAAUCUUCACUCAACAGUGAUGCGAAUGCACAUGUUGAAGCCACAGAGGCUAAUUUGGAGGAGGAAAUGCUAAUUCUCGGCCAAGAAUGUAUGAAUCUGGGAGAUGAGCAGAGAAGGCUUGAACGUAAUGUAGAAUCAGUCAGCAGUGAGAUGUUCACUGAAUGUCAGGAGCUACUGCAAAUGUUCGGUAUACCGUACAUUAUUGCGCCGAUGGAAGCAGAAGCCCAAUGUGCAUAUAUGGAACUUGCAAACCUUGUUGAUGGUGUUGUGACUGAUGACUCCGAUGUGUUCUUGUUUGGGGCGCGAAGUGUGUACAAAAAUAUAUUCGACGAUCGUAAAUAUGUUGAGACAUAUUUCAUGAAGGACAUUGAGAAGGAGCUUGGCCUAAGCAGAGAGAAGUUAAUUCGUAUGGCACUUCUUCUUGGAAGUGAUUAUACUGAAGGAGUUAGUGGGAUCGGCAUUGUCAAUGCUAUUGAAGUUGUGAAUGCAUUUCCUGAGGAGUAUGGCCUCCAUAAAUUCCGGGAUUGGAUUGAAUCACCAGAUCCUACCAUUCUAGGGAAGUUUGAUGGUGAAACGGGAUCAAGUGCAAAGAAAAGGGGGUCUAAGUUUGGGGAUAAGGAUAUCGAUUCACAGAGCAAGAAGGAAGAAGUCACUGCAUUUGACCAAAAUAAUUGUCACGGUCAAGAGCACAAGCAGUCAGCUGAUCUUAUUGAAGAAAUAAAGCAAACUUUCAUGGAUAAGCAUAGGAAAGUGAGCAAAAAUUGGCAUAUUCCCCCCUCUUUUCCAAGUGAAGCAGUUAGUGUUGCUUAUACUUGUCCACAGGUGGACAAAUCAACUGAGCCCUUCACAUGGGGAAAGCCAGAUCAUUUUGUUCUUCGCAAAUUAUGUUGGGAAAAGUUUGGUUGGGGUACCCAGAAGGCAGAUGAAUUGCUAAUACCCGUUCUGAAGGAGUACGACAAACGCGAGACUCAACUGCGGCUGGAAGCUUUUUACACGUUUAAUGAAAGAUUUGCAAGAAUUCGUAGUAAGAGAAUCAAGAAAGCUGUUAAAGGUAUCGCUGGAAAUCAAUCUUCAGAAUUGAUAGAUGAUGCUGCUCAAGAAGUUUCUAGAAGUAGAAAGAAGAGAAGCAUAAAUACUGAUGAAGCUGGGGAUGAAAAAUCAGAGAAACUGUCAGAGGGAACAGAGAAAGGUGUUUUUAGAGAUCAGAGAAAUUCUAAAGGAAAGUCAACCAUUAAGCAGUCGAGGAAAAGGAGGACCACUGAAGUGCCUGUUCCAUCUGAGCGACCAAAGCCUGCUGAAGUGGCACGAACAACUAAUAGAAGAUUGCAUGCAAAUGGAAAAGGCAGAGGAAGAGGUAGGAAGGUAUUGGGAAGAGGAAAGGGAAAAGAAAAUCCCAGUGCUGAAGCAUCUGAAACCAGCUCUAGUAAGGGCGAUGAUGAUGAUGAUGGGAUGGACCUUCAUAUGGAGACAGUAGAAGGGUCAGGAGAAGUGCGCAGGUCAGGGCGUUUGCGGAAGCCUGUAAAUUACAGUGUCAAUGACUUAGAAAAUGAUGAUGUUGAUGAUCCACUAGAUCACUGUGAUACAAAAUGCUCCAAUGAAGAGUCAGGGGAACAACUUCUAUCCUGGGACGAGGAGGAUAAAUCCGAGGAAGGUCCUUCUCGUUUCAGUGAGAAGAAACAGCAGAAUGCAGGGAACUUGUCUCCUAAUGCGGGCCUGUGUAAUGAUUAUCUUGAAACAGGAGGUGGGUUCUGCCUUGUUGAAGAUGAAACUGGUGAACUUGCAGGAGGUGGGUUCUGCCCUGUUGAAGAUGAAACUGGUGAACUUGGUCUCAGCCAACACCAUGAUCCUUCUUUCGAGGCAGAGGUUUCUGAAGACUACCUUAAGAUGGGAGGGAGGCUGUGCAGAGAUGGUGAGAAUGACCGAGAUGAAAUUGGUGUACAAACUACAGCUGCUGCCUCUGAAGAUUCCGACCUUCUCAAUUUCUCCGGCUUUGUCAAUAAAGUUGAUUUUGGUAAUGCUUCAGUUCAAUCCAGCGUUGGCACUAAAAGACCUUUACAAGGAUUUGAAGGUUGUGAGAGGACAGAUGCAUAUGAUACUGAACAAAGUAUAAAUGAUGAAAUAGCUUCAAAUAAUGACGAUCAUUCAAAGUUGGGCGUGUCACUGCAGGAAAAUACUGUAGAUAAUUCAGGGCAGCCAUCCGUAGGGGUAGGAGCUCUAAGUGCAAUGCCUUUCCUCAGGAAAAAAAGGCGGAAGACCUGAGGCUAUGCAUAAUUAAUUCUGUAAAAAUAUGUCUGCGUCAUUGUGUGAUUAUCUUGUAUUUAUGUAAUCAUCAUUGUGGUCUGGCAUUAAGGCGCGUUUGAUGUCAGGCCUAGUUUUUAGCGGAGCCCAAUUUCAUACUCAUUUUAUGAGCUUUACCUGGCUCAAUUACUGGCUGGUUAUAGGCCUAUUUAAAUUUAUGGUAAUUCUGCAGACACCAACUGCUGAGAAUACCAAUUUUAGCCUUCACGUAAUUUGAAAAAGAAAAGCCAAGGACCCCAAAACCCACCCAAGAAUUUCAUGUA